AUAUAAAAGAACAUAAUCAUUCACUUGCCACUCCUUCCAAAAUCUCUGCAUACAGGGACCUACUGUACACAAUUUCUGAAAACAUAGAUGGCCCUGGACUGGAUGGACUAAAGUACUGUGUAUCUAUCAAAACAGCAAAAACAGUAUUAGAGGUAUUUGUGGAGAUGGAGAAAGCUGGAAAAAUUAGCCAAGACAAUCUGAAAAACUUGAAACGUGUUUUUGAAACAAUGAAUCGUAUGGAUCUUUUGAAGUACAUUAAGAAGUUUGAAGAACAAGUCCAAGGUUCCCAAGUGAACAAUAUUCAAUAUGGGAUACAGGACAUAUCUUUUCAAGAAAGUACAGUGGAAAAUUCAAAAGAAACCAAAUCGCAAGAAGAAACAUUGGAGCAUUUAGAAACAUACGCUAUGAAAAAAAAACCACACGGCUGGUGUGUAGUCAUAAAUAAUCGUGAUUUCACUGAAGCAAGGUCUUUAUGUAAAGAGAUUGAAGACAGAAAUGGAACAGAUUUGGAUGCAGCUGAGAUAAAGAAUGUCUUUGAGUCACGGAAUUACAUCUUUAAAGAGCACAAGAACUUGACUGGUAAAAGAAUACUGGAAACAAUGGAAAUAUAUGCCAACGAGAGCCACGAUGAUAAAGAUAGUUUUGUGUGCUUUAUCCUUUCCCACGGGAAGUUAGGAGAAAUAUUUGGUACUGAUGGCGAACUAAUACCAAUCAGGAGACUUACAGCUUGUUUUAAUGGCCAGCAUUGUAAAUCAUUAGUUGGCAAACCAAAGAUAUUCUUCAUUCAGGCUUGCCAAGGUGACAAAUUACAACAGCUUGUCACUUAUGAAACAGACAGCCCUGAAAACACAGACGAUACUAAAUAUGAUUGCCUUCCAGUUCAUGCAGACUUUCUUACUGCUUUUGCUACUGUGGAAGAUUAUGUGUCAAUUCGGCAUACAAGAAGUGGAUCGAUUUAUAUCCAGACUUUAUGCAAGGCCUUAAAUGAUCCUGAACUCUAUAAUACAGAAUUAUGCUAUAUCCUAACUAAUGUGAACAAGAAGAUAUCUGAAGACAUUUUUAAAUUAAGAAACAAGAACAUCAAGCAAAUGCCAUCGUUUAAAUCGGAGUUACGUAAACGCCUAAUUCUACCUGCACCAGUGGCUGCAACACAGUCUUCAGAGUUAACCUCAUAAUCCUCAUGUAAAUCUUACAAGCCAUUGGGAAACCUGUGCAUAUCUAAAGAUCCUCUGACUGGAGUGACUUUUUCUUUUUUAACAGGAGUAAAGAGAUGUGAGGUGUGUGGUUGGAAGUGCAAGACCGUGGAAAGUGGUGGAUUAAAUGAAAAUCUCAAAGC